AUGUUAUGUCUUCGGGAGUGAUUUUUGUGGAUGUUAAACACAAGCUUAAAGGAUAAGCAAUGCCAGCCGGUAGACCAAGGGAACGAGUGUGAGAAUCUGGUAAAUAACUGAUCGGUUUUAUAGACUUUAUGAGCCCAGCUUACUCAGUUGUUCUGUUUAUCUGACCUCCUGAAAAAAGGAAUACUAUCAACAAAUAAAUCGGACGAACUCAGGGCCAUUACAGUGCGUUUCUACCCUUUAAAAAAAAAAGAUAAGAGACAAAGAAACGGACAACUUACAUAGCCAACCACGUAAUUAUUAACAGCCUGAGUUGCUGCAAUAGUGACUUUGGCCACAUAAUUAUAGUCGUUCCUCCAUUGGUGGUGAUCCCGGACAAUAGGUCACAUCUGGAAUUAUGGACGACAAGACAGAGAAGCUCAACCUGAAGCGGGAAGUUGGGCUGGUGGGAGCCGUGUCCCUCAUCGGUGGGACGAUGAUUGGAUCUGGGAUCUUCAUGUCCCCACAGACGGUGCUCUCCACCAUAGGCAGCCCUGGAGCCAGUUUGGUUGUGUGGGCAUGCUGUGGCUUACUGGUUAUAAUGGCGUCUUUCUGCUACGCUGAGCUGGGCACUGUUAUCAGAGAAUCCGGGGGGGAGUACAUCUACAUCCUGAAAACCUCAGGCCCGGUCAUCGCCUUCAUGCUAAUCUUCAGCUCUGUGUUGUUUGUGAGACCUGCUGGUGUCGCCGGCAUCUCACUGAGUUUUGCUCAAUACGUCGUGGCUCCUUUCUACACAGACUGCCCCCCUCCGUUGCUGCUGGUGAAGGGCAUGGCUGCAGUUUCAAUAUUAGUGCUUGCCACCGUGAACUGCCUUAAUGUUCGCUUUGCAAUGAAAAUCCAAGUUUUUUUUAUGGUGGCCAAGCUUCUGGCGCUGGUGGUCAUCAUAAUAGGAGGGUUGGUGAUGCUCAUAAGAGGGCACACUGAAAACUUUGAAAACUCCUUCGAGAACACAAAUGUGGGCCUCAAUCCAAUUGGGAUUGCUUUCUACCAAGGACUGUGGUCCUAUGAUGGCUGGAACAACCUGAAUUAUGUAACUGAAGAGUUAAAACGUCCAGAGGUGAAUCUCCCCAGGGCGGUUGUGAUAGCCAUUUCUCUGGUGACUGGCUUAUACCUGCUGGUGAAUGUGAGCUACCUGACGGUUAUGACGCCAAAAGAGCUCAUGUCCUCAAGCGCUGUAGCAGUAACCUGGGGGAACAAAGUGUUAGGAAGCUGGGGCUGGACCAUGUCUGUGGCCGCAGCGUUGUCUGCUUUCGGCUCACUGAACGGAACAUUCUUCAGUGGGGGCCGUGUGUGCUUUGUUGCUGCCAGGGAAGGUCACCUGCCAGAUAUCCUAGCCAUGGCUCACGUCCGCAGACUGACUCCAUCUCCAGCACUGAUCUUUACCACCGUGGUCUCUCUUCUGGUGCUGAUCCCCGGAGACUUCCAGAGCAUUGUCAACUUCUUCAGUUUCACUGCCUGGUUUUUCUAUGGCAUCACCCUCUCUGGACUUGUCUAUCUCAAGAUUAAGAAGCCGGAGCUCCCCAGGCCAUACAAGGUUCCCAUUAUACUCCCAAUCCUGGUCAUCAUUGUGGCAAUAUUCCUUGUUCUUGCACCCAUCCUAGACAACCCUCAGAUAGAAUACCUCUAUGUGUCUUUAUUUAUCCUCAGUGGAGCUAUAGUGUACGUUCCCUUCAUCCAUUUCAAGCUCUGCCCAGGGUUGCUGACCAAGCUAACUGUGUUCCUGCAGCUCCUCUUAGAGGUGGCCCCGACAGAGAAAAACCUGUGAUAUUGGUGGAAGAAUCCAGAAGAAAAGGCUGUUGUUCCAGUUUUGUUGCUUGUGCUUUUCAACUACACCUGUUUUUUGCAAUGACACUCAUGAGAUGUUGCGGUUCACAUUUGGUAGCAUUGAUGAGUUGUUUGUCUUUGACUUUUAACACUCUGAUAUGUGUUGUCUUUUUGCACAGGUGCAUUUAGCUGAUGCGAGCAGAAAAACUAGUACAUCUGUAUUCAAAAUGUCAAUCUAUUAGAAGAAGGGUACAAUAUGACAUACCUAAACACCUGAGAAUUCCUGUGCUUAUUUUUGUUGCAAGAUUUGUUUAGAAACAUUUUGAUCUUGAAACUUUUGCAAAUUAACAUUUAUAACAAGCUCAAAUGAAAAUAAACACAGGAAUUCCCUGGUGUUUAGGUUAUAUAUAUAUAUAUAUAUAUUUUUUUAGAAGGAAAUGCAGCAAAUCUACACAUAAGAAGCUGAAACUGUGAAAUGUUUUUAAUCAAAACAUUUGCAAAAUUAGCAAAUAAUGUUUUGUUUUCACUCAUUGUUUUAGUUAAGUGUAGGUUAAUCCACAUCAACACUGUUUUUUAUUGUGGUUAUGUGUUGUGUAUAUGAACAUUUGAAUCUAUAAAGUGUCUGUCAAAUAAAGCUUCUUAGUAAAAGUACAAUAUUUCCCUUUGAAUUGUAGCGGAGUAGAAGUAUAAAGAAGCAUAGAAAGAAAAUACUCAAGUUU